ACGCAAUAAAAACGUUGCUGUCGUUAUGCACCGAACGAUUCUAAAGAAGUUAACCGAAAAGCCAGCACGCAAAGCCAAUUCUUUCUUCACCUUAUACUUCAAAAUCUCUCUCUAUCAAGAAGAAACGUUUCAUUUUGUAUAACGAACGAACCGUCUGAGAAGAGAAACCCCUUUUGAUGAAAGCUUCUCUCAUCCGCAAUCUCAAAGGAUUUUGUUAUGGAGAUUAUCUCACUCAACUUCGUGCCUCAGUGCUCUGUUGUGACUUGGAGUGGUGAAUUAGCCACGAAAAGAUUGGUACCAAAUCGAUCAAGUCUCUUCUUAUCUGGGGUAAGGAAAUCCAGAUUUGUGAUCAGGAAUGGGAACUCUGAUGGUUAUGUGGUUGGUGAGAAUGAGGAUUUGGGUACUAUAUCCACAAGAAGAAGAGAAUCAUCUACUUCUAAGGUUUUGAUUCCUGGUUUACCUGAUGAAUCAAACGGUGAGGCUGCUGCUCGAAUCAGUCAUUCUCACUGUGAGUGGAGACCCAAGCUCAGAGUGCAUUAUGAGAAAUCAGGUUGUGGUAACGUUGAGGCUCCUCCGGUGUUGUUUCUACCUGGCUUUGGUGUUGGUUCAUUUCAUUAUGAGAAGCAGCUUACGGAUUUGGGUAGGGAUUAUCGAGUUUGGGCUAUUGAUUUUCUCGGCCAGGGUUUAUCUCUCCCGACUGAAGAUCCUACUACUACCGUGGCUGAAGAAACUGGUGCCUCUGAAGAUGAUGAGAAACCAUUUUGGGGAUUUGGUGAUAAGACUGAACCAUGGGCUGACCAACUCGUAUUCUCUCUGGAUCUCUGGAGAGAUCAAGUUCAGUAUUUUGUAGAAGAGGUUAUCGGUGAGCCUGUAUACAUUGCAGGGAACUCACUUGGAGGAUAUGUAGCUCUUUACUUUGCAGCAACCCAUCCUCACCUGGUAAAGGGUGUUACCUUGCUUAAUGCAACACCUUUCUGGGGUUUCUUCCCUAAUCCAGUAAGAUCCCCAAAGCUCGCACGUCUCUUUCCAUGGCCCGGAGCAUUCCCUUUGCCGGCAAGAGUGAAAAAAAUCACAGAAUUGGUAUGGCAGAAGAUAAGUGAUCCUGAAAGCAUAGCUGAGAUACUUAAACAGGUCUACACAGACCAUUCUACCAAUGUGGAUAAAGUAUUCUCACGUAUAGUGGAGAUUACGCAGCAUCCGGCUGCUGCAGCGUCGUUUGCUUCAAUCAUGCUUGCUCCUGGUGGACAGCUAUCUUUCUCUGAAGCUUUAUCUAGGUGUAAGGAAAACAAUGUUCAGAUAUGUCUCAUGUAUGGAAGAGAAGAUCCAUGGGUGAGUCCGAUGUGGGGAAAGAAGAUAAAGAAGGAGAUCCCAAACGCUCCAUACUACGAGAUCAGCCCAGCGGGUCACUGCCCACAUGAUGAAGUCCCUGAGGUGGUGAACUAUCUUAUGCGCGGGUGGAUCAAGCACCUGGAGUCUGGUGGUUUUGAAACGCUCCCGCUUUUGGACGACAGUGAAGAAAAUUGGGAGGAGUCCAGCAUAGGUAGAGAAAUUGAGUUCCCGAGAGAUGGUUGGAAGAAAGCAGUGAAACUGUUGUUGUAUGGGUCAAACGAUACGUUCUGGAGUGGAGUUAGAGAAUCUUUCAAAUCCAGUUUCACAAGGGUGUUUGGAGGGAAGUCUGCAUAGAAGAAGCAUGGAACAGGUUGUUGUCUAGUGUAAAUUUUUUCUUUCUUUUUCCGUUAUCGUCUAGUGUAAAUUAGUUGUAAUCGAUGAUUCGAUGCUAGCUAUAAUGUUGUAUGUAGAAUUCAAAUUUAUAAAUGUUCGAAAAGGAAAAAGUUGAGAAAAUGUCUACUUGUAAGAAA